UCCUCUCCUCUUUCCUCCUCUCCCUUCCCCUGCCCUGCCCAUGGGCCACCUGCCCCAGCAGCUGCAGGAGAGGAGGAGGAGGAAGAGUGAGAGAAGGGGGGGAUCCGCCUAGAGGACAAAGGACAUCUCCACCCUCAGGUCAUCUGGAUGUCAGCAUGGCAGCCUCAAACCUGGAGAACCAGUUGCACAGUGCCCAGAAGAACCUGUUGUUCCUUCAACGGGAACACGCCAACACCCUGAAGGGCCUGCAUGCUGAGAUAAGACGCCUGCAGCAACACUGCACAGAUUUAACAUAUGAGCUGACACUGAAGAGUUCAGAGCAGGCAGGAGAUGGAAGUUCCCGAAGCAAUGAACUGAGGCGAAGAUGCGAAGACCUGGAGGCUGAGCUCAAGGCGAAGGAGGCCGAGAACCAGGCGCUGCUGCAGGAGCUGGAGCAGAAGAACGCGCUGAUCGCGGUGCUGGAGACCACGGUGAAGGAGCGGGAGAAGAAGUACCUGGAGGAGCUGAAGCUCAAGAGCCACAAGCUGAGCGUGCUGUCGGGCGAGCUGGAGCAGCGCGCCGGCACCAUCGCCUACCUCACGUCGCAGCUGCACGCCACCAAGAAGAAGCUGCUGAUGAGCCCGGCCGACGCGGGCGCCGCCGGCCCCGCGUCCUCGGCCGGCCCGGCCGCCAGCGCCGCCGCCGGCUACAAGCCCGCGCCGCCCAAGGAGAAGCUCCCCGAGACCCCGAGGCGCCGCAUGAAGAAGAGCCUGUCGGCGCCGCUCAACCCGGAGUUCGAGGAGGUCUACAGACUGGGCUCGGAGAGCCGCAAGCUCCUCCUGCGCGAGCCGGUGGACGCCAUGCCGGACCCCACGCCGUUUCUGCUGGCCCGGGAGUCGGCCGAGGUGCACCUCAUCAAAGAAAGGCCUCUGGUCAUCCCUCCCAUCGCGUCGGAGCGCACCUCGGGGGACCAGCACAGCCCCGCCAGGGACAAGGCGCACAAGGCGCACGUCGGGGUGGCGCACCGCAUCCAUCACGUCCCGCCCGCCCCGGCGCAGCCCGAGGUGGAGACGCUGGCGGUGGAUCAGGUUAACGGAAGCAAAGUUGUUAGGAAGCACUCAGGGACCGAUAGAACUGUUUAAGGCAAAGCCCACGAGACCCUAUAUUCUAUUGCUGUUUAUGCACUGUGAUCACCACUAGGAAAGAAAAUUCGUCUACCGCUUUUUUUAAGUCCCAUGCAUGCCAAAUUUUUUCAGAUCCGUCAAAUUAUUCUCGUCCCCGUCUCCUCCUCCCUCCCUCUCUCCCCAAACCGAGACACGAUUGCGUUCCUAAUGCAGAAUAUGUAUUUACCAAAUGCCGUGGCCAAAUGCCCGUGUAUCCGAAUGCUUGCUUCUAACCCCAUUUAAUCCGAGCGCACAUGUGGACAACAGCACAGGCCACAGUCUGCAUUACCGCGUAAUAUUAACGAACCCAAAUAGUGACGUACCCAAUUAUAAAGCUGGAGCGACAUGUAUAAACUGACUUACGAUCCCCUUCGGAGUCUUCAGCACCUCCGUAUGUAGUAGUUCACACGUACCCCUGGAGACUAGUGUAACUUCACGACAGACCCUUCCCAGGCAGCAUUGAGAGCAAUGCAGAUAUAUGUAUAUGUCAAAAGGAACUAAAUAAGAUUGACAUAACUCUUCAUGUCACCUUGACCCUAAUGUGUGUUCAUAUUUUUUGUUAUAUUUUAUUCCAAAUUUUGAAGAUCCCAACAAACUUUAUUUUCUAAA